CUUCCUGUUUGCAGGAUCUUGUACGACCCGACCCGCUACCCUCGCUCCAUCCCUGAGGCGUACUGUCUGUGUAAAGGCUGCCUGCUGGGCGCGUACGGUCAGGAGAGCGACCAGUACCGCAGCACUCCGGUCUACGCUCCCUCCGUGGUCCUGAAGAGGACGGGCUCUUGCGUCGCCGGGCGACACGCCUACACCGAGGUCUACGUCUCUGUAGCCGUGGGCUGCACGUGUGUCCCCAAGCUGCUGGACAAGCCGAGGGAUGCGAGACACAAGAGCAACCAGAGUCUGGACAGAGCGGAGGUCAAAGUCCGACGACUCAAAGCACCACGGAAGAAAGUGUGAAAGGAAAUUUACCCCAGGAUGAGCUUCUAUAUUUAUACCCUGAGCCAGAUCAGCUCCACAGAGGCAGCCAUUUUGGAGCAUCAUGUUUUUACAGUAGCCCACAAUGGACAAAUUAUUAAAACAACCUUUGAGUUUUGAUGCUAACUGAAGGCUACAAGAACACACUUUUACACACUGUAUCUUUAACUUACAUAGCACAUGUACAGAAAAAUGGUUUUAAUCUCUGGGAUUAAGACAGAUGACAGAUUUCUGCUGCACAAACAAAAUCAAAAUGAUCAUGUUUUGUUUUUUUCUUUAAUAUGACACGAUGUUAAACUUCUGCAUGUGGAGAAUUUGGACAGCAUAAAUAAACAGACCUUAUUGGGUAUUUUUCAAAAAUCCACUAUUGUUCUUGGUUAGAUUUAGUCAAAUCUGAUGUGGACACUAAUGAAUGUGUUUUUAAUGCUAUUGUGUCCAAAAGACCUAGAAAUCCAGCAGAGAGAAGAAGAAACAGUUUAAAAUCACAACAAACUGGAGCCGAAGCUGGAAUCUGGAGGAAGAAGAAACAAAGAAACUCUGAAGAAGACAAUUUUUUCAAGUGUC